CCCCCCCGCACACACGCUCUCUCUGCUCACUUCUUUGCUUGUGGAUGACAAGCGCGCCGCGCGAGGCUGAAGCCGUCAGACCGCGGGUGACAUGGGGCUGCUGCAUGCGCGGCGGACGGACUGAAAGACGCUUCGGGAUCAGCCGACUCACGACGACGAACCCCGCACUAAAGACAUGCAGAAGUUCAAUUCCCCCGGCACCCACGGCAACACGCUGCCGCGGGACGCGGAGCUCCAGCUGCGGCUCGCUGACGGCGGAGGGGCCGGGGACGGAAUGGAGAACGGCGGGGGGAAGCGUUUCCUCUCCAAGCCCGAGGAGGAGAGCUCGUUUUGCACCAAGAGGAAGAUGCUCGUCGCUUUGGAUUUAAUUUGCCUCUUUGUCGCCUCCAUCCCAUUCUUUGCGUGCGAGUUGAAGGCGGUGACUCCGUACAAGCGAGGCUUCUUCUGUGGAGACGCCAGCAUCACCUACCCGUACGAGCCCAGAGAGUCCAUCCCCGACGACCUGCUCAUUGCUGGUGGGAUCAUCAUCACUGGUGUUACGAUCGCUCUGGGCGAAUGCUACCGGGUGCGUUACCGAGGCGUUUACUCGCGGGCCUUUGUGCGGAACCGCUAUGUGUCGUGCCUGUACAAGGAGCUGGGAAGCUUCCUGUUUGGUUGCUGUGUGGGUCAGUCCCUCACCAACAUGGCCAAGCUGAGUGUGGGGCGCCUGCGACCCAACUUCCUGUUUGUCUGUAACAUCACAUAUGCGUCCAUCAACUGCACUCCGGGCAGCUACGUGCCCCACAUCACCUGCCCGCAGCCUAAUGUGAAGAUGGUGGAUGAAGCAAGGAAGUCUUUUUUUUCCGGCCAUGCUUCCUUUGCAAUGUACACCAUGCUCUACUUGGCAUUCUACCUGCAGGCGCGGUUUUCGUGGCGAGGAGCUAGGUUGCUGCGGCCACUUAUACAGUUCCUCUUAGUGAUGAUCGCCAUCUACACCGGCCUGAGCCGCAUCUCCGACUACCGCCACCACCCCACCGACGUCCUCACGGGCUUCAUCCAGGGAGGGCUCACCGCAUACUGGGUGGCCUUCUACAUCUCCUCCAUGUUUAAGCCCUGCGCCCGUCAAGACAUGUCCCCGACAUCCAUGUCCCUGGAGAGUCCACUGUCCAGCCAGCAGACCGUCUGUUAGCAGGCACAUGCAAUCAUUUCACAAGUGGGAGGAGAAUAGAAGGUAGACUUCAGAGAGUCAGGGAGGGAAAUCUGAUAGCACAUGUUAGGAGCAGGUAGAGCGGGAAUCCUUCUGAGAGAAGGACGGGAUUCAAAAAGUACAAUCUAACACAUCUCUCGGGGCACACUGACACACACGCGUCCACGCGGUGACCUAAUGUUAACACACUCACACAUGUGAAAUACAAGAAGCACAUUUGACUGUAAGUCAAACCCGUCCAGUGAAAAGAACUGCGUAGUAAUAUUACAGAUAUUUUUUUUAUAUAUGAGAAAAUAAAAUAAAAAAAUUCUAUUUUUCAAGAGGAUUUCUAGAAGCUGCUAAUGUUGAUAGUUUUGGAUGCUGGUAAUGGAGGCAUUUGGGUCAGUGUAGCUGGUAAGCUUUCAUCAGAAAUGGUGACCGUUUGCUGCAGGCUGCAGAGGAGGAAACGCCAGCCUCCUCUUUGUUUUGGAUGUUGUGUUCAUCUGGCAUCAUUCGGCUCCGUAACAAGCGGAUACGGAACAAGCACUGGCUUCAAUCUCUAACCAUCUGUACCUUCUGUUGUGCCACGACUAGAAUCAAACUGCCCUCCACAGCUACAACAAUAACCUGAACAUAAGCGACAAAAAAACAAACAGUAUUUGAGCUGGAAUACAAUGUUAUUCUUCUUUUUGUUUAACCAAGGUAGUAAUGGUUAGGAACAUGACCAAGUAACUUCCCUUCCUCACCACUACCAUCUGUACUAACCACUUUGACUGUGUCUUAGAGGUGGAGGUUUGACUGAAUUUUGUAACCUUUGACCUUUGUCCCUGGACUCCAAUCUCUAAGCUGCACCUUGAUUUAUGCCACUCUGCACAGGAGCGCCCAUGUGGCAGCCCUCCUGUGCAUUUUUAUUAAUAGCACUUGAACGUACAUAAUGGAACCUUCUCCUUAUAAUCAAUAUUAUGUAUUUUAUCACAAGUUUCAAUAAUCAGUGUUUAUUUUUGUUCACGUAAGACUUAUACACUAUGUUUUUGCUACUUUUUAAUGAUAAUUAUUCAAAUUGAAUGUAAAUAGCCAUGUCAUUUUAUAAACCACACAGAAUUUCAAAAGUAUUAGUUCCAGUUUUUGGACAGUUUUUACAUGUUCAUUAAGUGUUUGUAUUUACGUUUGAUUCAAUCAGGUACGGAGAGUUAUUAUUGUAUCUGUUGUAACUACUAGACUGAGCCACAGAUAUUAUCAGAAAGCUAUAUUUUAUGUGUAUCCAGUUAUUGGUAUUUGUUUGUUUUGUCUGUGAAUGCCAGAAAGGCAAAAAUAACCACUGUACUCAAAAAAACCAAACCAAUAAAAUGAAUGUUGAAUGUU